AUGGUGAUGCUGCUGGUGCUGAUAUUUAUCAUGAGAACCGGCAAUGCACGGUCUAUAACGGUCGGUUGCGGUCAGGCUAUAAAAAAACUGCUGGGACCAUGUGAAGUCUACUUGUCCACAAAGACGUUCGUCCUUCCGCCUGCAUCUUGCUGUUCUGCCGCAAAGGAACUUGAUCAUGCUAUUGCAGCUGCUGCAUCUCCACGAUUAGCCAAGAGCUUCUGCCAAUGCUUUCGAAGUGCUGCACAUGCAGUAGGUUCAUCCCUUAACCUCGAUCAUGCCAGGGCCUUCCAGAGAAACUGCGGUCUCAAAUACUUAACCAUCGACCCGCAAGCCGCCUGUAAUUAA